UCCCCGCAGAUUUCCGGACUCCGGGGCCUGCACCCCUCGGAGCUGAUAGGCGGCGCCUUCCUGCCUCUGCUCAUAUCUCUGCAGGCUUUGGCCUUUCCAGGUGUGGGUGUCUGCCAGGGGCGCGUUCUAACCCAAGCCGGAGCUCUCUCUCUGGAGACUUUGUGCCUAUGGCUGGGGACGGAGUGCGAUCGUUGCCUUGACAACGACAGCAUGCGGCCCGCGGUCCUCCAGAGUGGGAGCUUGUGGUGGGCCGAGGCCCUUCUGCCUCCCUGCCUGCUUCACUUCGGACCUCUGACUGUCCGCGGGAGAAAUCGAUCACAAGAGCUGCAGAAUUGCUAGUUUGCUAGCCAGCAUCUUCUAGACCGGCGAGCGAGAUGCAUGGCAUCACAAAUUUGUUUCCAAGUUGAAAACCACUGGGUCUUUUCCACGCGAAAGGAUUUUAAAGACACAUGAGGAAAUUUCCUACAGGUCUUGAAUUAACAUGGAAAAAUAUGAGAACCUAGGAUUGGUCGGAGAAGGGAGCUAUGGAAUGGUGAUGAAGUGUAGAAAUAAAGAUAGUGGAAGAAUUGUGGCUAUUAAGAAGUUCUUAGAAAGUGAUGAUGACAAAAUGGUUAAAAAAAUUGCCAUGAGAGAAAUCAAGUUACUAAAGCAACUGAGGCAUGAAAAUCUGGUGAAUCUAUUGGAAGUGUGUAAGAAAAAAAAACGAUGGUACCUAGUCUUUGAAUUUGUUGAUCAUACAAUUCUUGAUGACUUGGAACUCUUUCCAAAUGGACUAGACUGCCAACUAGUUCAAAAGUAUUUGUUUCAGAUUAUUAAUGGAAUUGGAUUUUGUCAUAGUCAUAAUAUCAUCCAUAGGGAUAUAAAACCAGAAAAUAUAUUAGUCUCCCAGUCUGGCGUUGUCAAGUUAUGUGACUUUGGAUUUGCACGGACAUUGGCAGCUCCUGGGGAGGUUUAUACAGAUUAUGUGGCGACUCGAUGGUACAGAGCUCCGGAACUGUUGGUCGGUGAUGUCAAGUACGGCAAGGCUGUUGAUGUAUGGGCUAUUGGCUGCCUGGUAACUGAAAUGCUGAUGGGGGAACCCCUCUUUCCUGGAGAUUCUGAUAUUGAUCAACUAUAUCAUAUAAUGAUGUGUUUAGGUAAUCUUAUUCCAAGACAUCAGGAGCUAUUUUAUAAAAAUCCUGUAUUUUCUGGGGUAAGGUUGCCUGAAAUCAAGGAAACAGAACCUCUUGAAAGGCGCUAUCCCAACCUUCCUGAAGUUGUGAUAGACUUAGCAAAGAAAUGCUUACAUAUUGACCCAGACAAAAGGCCCUUCUGUGCUGAGCUCCUGCACCAUGAUUUCUUUCAUCUGGAUGGAUUUGCUGAGAGGUUUUCCCAGGAACUACAGUUAAAAAUACAGAAAGAUGCUAGAAAUAUUUCAUUAUCUAAAAAGUCUCAAAAUAGAAAGAAGGAAAAAGGAAAAGAUGAUGAAUCCAUAGGUGAAGAGAGAAAAACACUUGUAGUACAGGAUACUAAUGCUGAUCCCAAAGUUAAGGACUCUAAAGUGUUUAAGAUAAAAGGACCAAAAAUUGACUCAGAAAAAGCUGAAAAAGUCAGUCGGGUUUCAAAUGUCAGCUGUCUUCAUGACAAUGGGACAAGCCACAUCAAAAUUGUGCCUUCAACAAGCUUCAGAGAUUGCAGCGAUGGCAGCGUGGAUCACACAAAGAUUCUGGGCAUGGCCAUCCCUCCACUGACACACAAUCCCUCUGCAGUGACUCCUGGUAGUCACUCUGGCUUGGGGACAAUUCCAGGAGUUCAGACUUACAGAGUGAAUGAGAAAACCAAGAAGCACUGUAUUCCAUUUGUUAAACCAAGUAAACAUUCUCCAGGAAUUUAUAAUAAGAAUGUGACUUCAUCAGUUACUAGUGAAAAGAACCUACUUCAAGCAAAUAAGAAAAGGAGGGAACACUCAAAGGCAGAUGUCCAUUUGCCUGAACUAAACUAUAAUCAUCUUCCUGAACUAAAAGCCUUGGAAGGCAUAGCUCGAAAUUCCAGGCUGACAAGGAAAGAGAACAAAAAUCUUUCAGAAUCUCGAAUUCCUUCUCUGGCCACGCCGAGUGUUGCUUUGCAUCAGGUAUCAAGAUCUCCCUUGUCAGAGGAUUCUGAGGCUGAUUUGCCUCGAAUGGAACACCAGCACUGAGGGUCAUUUUGAUUCUAAAUUGGGUGCUUUUAGAUUUGGCCUAAGCACUUGAGAUGACAUCCUCUUGCAACAGAAGUGCUGAUAUCCUAGGAGAGAUUUGUGAUUUUCAUCAUUUACUUCUGAACUGCCUGCAUUUUCUGAGAAAGGCCUGGCAAAAGAAGAAAAAUUAGACUUUCAAAUGUUUCAAAGGAAGACUGAACAAGUACCCCUCCUCAAUUGUUAUCCAUUACCUGUCAAGUCCACUGAUAGUCUUUUAAGACAUGAAAGUAUAGUGAUAAGGUUCUUUGUUAUAUGAAUGUGUAUUUACUAUUAGUAGAUUGUGCAUUAAAGUUAGGUAAGAUUCAAGUUAGUGAAAAAAAAGGUGUGUGGGGAGAAAAACAUAGAAAGUGAUACUUUUCAUGUAUUUUGUGUUAUCUGUAUAAAUGUAUACAUUUAUUUAAAAAUGGGCUUGGUGGAGAUAGGUGAUAAAAACUAGAAUCAGUUGAAGAAAAUGAAAAAAACUAGAAUCAGAGAAAGAAAAUGUUUCAUUCACUCUAACUUAACUAUGAAACACAUUUUAAAACUUUUCUUGUUUCUAGGUAUGAAGAAGAUGUAUAGCUUCUGUGGUUAGGUGUAUAUCUUUGGUUUCUGUGAUUGUCUUUGAUAUUGCAUCAGUGUAUAGUGAGAAUCUGGCCUUGCUGAUGACCUUCUGAGAACCAUAUUAAUGCAAAAGAAAUGUUGUAUUUCAAAUGACUUAUUAUGACUCCGGCAUUGGAUAGUCCUUGGUAUUCUAAGAUCCUGGUGCUAUUUACUGUUCCUUUGGUGAAGAUAAAAGUGGUAAAGGAGAAACAUGUAAUUACAUCUUGAAGGUGAGCACUGUGCCUAUUACUGGAAAAUAAAAAUGAAGAGAUGAAAAGCAGGUUUACCAGUUGACCUGAACUAAUUUAUCUGGGUCAAUGGCUGUAAAGCUCUCCAAAUAGAAGGCUUGGAGAAGACAUGAUCAUAUUAUGGACUUUAAUCAUGUUCAUUGGUAGUUUGAGAGUUAUAUGAGACUGGACUUAAGAGAUAUUUCUGUCUCCAAGUUUCUUUAAGUAGUUAGACCUCCUCCCAAACUUUUCAUUGUGGCGCAAACACAUUUUCCUGCAGCCUACCCAUCUUUUCUAGUGCACUGGCUUUGACACUUAUAGAUGUGUGAAUUAAAAUGAUUUGGCUCCAGGUUUUUGGUUUCUGGGUUUUUAGUCAUGAUAUGCAUGUGUUGUUUUAGUGAUGGUUGUUAAAGGAACUGGAAUUUGUGUGGGUUUGCUUUUUUACUUUUGCUUUAAGCAACUAACAGUGUAUUGUGUUUCCCAAAAGUCACUGACUAGAACUUAGUUCAAGGAUUUAACUUUAAACUUUUUUUCUCUGCUGCUUUGAGGAUCUUAAUAUUGAGAGUCUAACCUUAAGACAAUUGAGCUUCACAAGGAAUAGGAUAUUAGAGAAAAGGCAGAACAAGAGGUUCCACUGUAGAAGUCUACAGGUUGUUAAAUUAAAAUUUUGUCUUGACUUUGAAGCUCUGUCUUUAGCCUUUGACCAGAUGUUUGAUUACAUUGGUAUAGCUGAUAUGAAUAAAAUUAAUGUAUAAAUAUUAAAAGGCUUCAUAUUUAAAUAUUAGUAUUUUUUUGUUUUGAAAAAGUAUUGCCAACAGACACUACAGAAUGAAUAGUAGGCUUAAAAGCAAAGUAAAAUGGCUCUCAGCUAACGUUAAUAUUACUCUUAUUUAAAAGUAAAAUGUCAGUGUCUGAUAGCCUACUUUCUCAUUUCUAUAUUUGCUCCUAGGAUUGUUUGCCUAUUAAAAAAUUUUGUGAACUUUAGAAUUAAGCAACUAAAAAUCAAUUACUAUAAGUCUAAAUUGAAACUUGAGGAUCAUAUCUAGUUAGAAUUUUGGCAGGAUUACUUAAAAAUUUUUUUUUACAAAUUGUGACUAUAAAUACCGAACCAAACUAAUCUUUUUUUUUUCAAUCUAAGUUUGUUUUGUCUCCUUAUGAAGAUACGGCUUACCCACAUACUAACAGAAAAUAUGUGUAUGCAUUGGUGAGAAUAAAUGGGCUUGGUGUGUGUAUGUAUGUUUGAAAAGGAAUAAAAUAUUGAUGAAUACCA